AUGUUAUAAUUCAUAUUUGAAUAUAGAGCUCUUCUGUCAAUUCAUUUCCUACAAAAUAAUCGAAAACUUUGUGACUUGUGUAAAUAACAAGGGGGUUCCAUAACAAGGUAAAUUAGCAAAAUUUAACUUUAUGACUGAUUAAUGCAUUAAAUUAAAGGAUGAUGUAGCGUGUAGAGGUAAAUAUGAAGAGUUAGCACCGCGUUUUUUUAAAUUUGGUUGCCACGAACUUAUGUCCUGAAUGAAUGUAUGUAUCCCUGCCCUAAAAGUAAAAGUAAACCUAAGCCUAAACUGAACCCUGGCCUGGCCUAAUCCUAAUCAUGCCUAAUGAGUACUAAUGACUAAACUACUAAACUAAAUCUAUCUACUAUCUAAGAUCUAAAUGAUAUGUGCACUAAUGAGUCUAAUGUACUAAUGUCUAAUCUAUCCCUAAGCUUAAACUUUAGGCACCUAACCUGAACCCUAAACUUAUCCCGGACCUGAGUUUUGACCCUAUCGGAAUCACAUUAGCCGCUAAGACUUCGCUAAGAGUUUAAAUUCUUCAGUUUAACUAAAAAAAUAAGCUACCCACAAACAACAUCCGAAUCCGAAUAGCAUUUGAUUUAGUCUAAAGCCUAAAGUUUAGUGGGACCAGGACACCAUAGCCUUUAGACUCAACAAUGCCAUUCAGAUGUCAUUUGUCGUAGUUUAUUUUAGUUAAACUGAAGAAGUAAGUUUACAAACAUAGAUUCAAUUAUCUUUCAUUUGAUACCUAAUUUUGUCGGCUAAUGUGAAGAGAUAGCACCCUGACGUCAUUUGUGCGUUUUGUCUCUGGUAGGGUCAAAACCCUGGUUCCGAUAGUGUCAAAACCCAGGUUAGGGAUAAGUUUAGGGUUCAGGUUAGGUUUAGUGAUAAAUUUAGGACAUAAGUUCGCUUGUCGCUGCAAACGCGGUGCUAUCUCUUCACAUUUACCAUUUUGUCUUACAACCCAACAAUAAUAUUUUUUAUAUUUUUUUAAUCCCAACCUCUCACUUCUGGGAACCGGGUCCAAAUAGCCACUUCAUAAAAUUAUUAUAAUAAAAAAUAAUUUACUAACCGGGACUAACCAGUAUUGUCACUAUUGUUGUAAUAGUAAUUAAGUGACCAUUUAAUUCCUUAUUCAGCAUUGGAUUGUUUAAUCCCUAAAUUAGGGCUUUGGACUUAUGACUUAGGGUUUAUUAAAUUAGUUUAUUCAAAUAGACUAUCUCACUAUUCACUAGUAUCGCUGUAUGUGGCAGUACUAAAACAUAACAUGUUCACUUCGCCAUCAUAAGUAAUAGGCUAAUUUAUGAAAUUAAUAAUAGUCUUUGUCUUUAUUUUAUUAUAAUAUUGACAUUUAGUAUUUAGAUAUUAAUUAUAAAUGGAAUAGUAAUGUUGUAAAUUAAAUAGUUUUCAAAAAGUAGUAAUUAAUUAUUAAUUUGAUAGAAUUAGAAGUAUUAUAUUAAAUUAUAAUUAUAAGAUUAAGAUGACUUAGGUCUAGCUUAGAGUAGGCUAUAACUAUAACUAUAUGCAUAUGCUAUAUACUUAAUAAUUCAUAUAGAAAUAGAUAAAGAUAUAUAUAAUAUAUUAUACUAUUACUUAAGUAGUCAAGUUAAAAAUACAUUGACAUAAUAAAUUCAAUUGAUUAUUAAUAAUACAGUAGAGCGUUGAUUUAUAAAUUAAUAACUUUUUUUUUUUAAAGUUAACAUUAAGAAGUAUUUAUCCCUUGUUAAUACUUAAAAUAAUUUAAUGAAACAUUACCGUCAGCCAUCAUUGAUUUUUUGUGAUAUUUAGGACUACAAAUUGCCAACCAUUAUAAAACAGACUCAAGUAAUACUAAUGUCUAAUGGCUCGUGAACUGAAGUGCAUGAAACGAAAAGAAUUGGAAUCAUAUUUACAAGAUGUUGAAGUGUUUGAAAACCCAAAAAUCAAGCUAGAGCAAUAUCCCACUACACCGCAUAUUGCUGGUAAGAAAUUAAAACUAAUAGCAUUAAUAAAUGAAGUUUGAAUUAUAAUUAUAUGGUAAACCAUUUUAUUAAGAAUGUGUCUACAGAGUCACAAGGGUAUAUGUAAGUCAAGGAUUUAUUUGCACAAUAAAAAAUUAAAAUCUGAAACUUAAAAUGUUUCGCUCUCUUCAGCAUGUAUGUUGCAUACAAUGUCUUCAACCUAUGAUGAUCUGGCUGAUAAAUGUGUGGCAGAUUUGGGUGUAGGUUGUGGCAUAUUAAGUAUUGGUGCAACGAUGCUGGGAGCUGGGUAUGUACACACAUUAGUUCUUAAUAUUAACAGAUGUUGAAAAAAUAUUAUUGAAUAACUAUUUACGACUUUAUAUUAAUAAUACAGUAGAGCAUCAAUUUUCAAACUAAUUUUAUUUGUCUUGGAGUUUCAUUUCAAGCCUAAACAUAUCUUGCUCUACUAUUUCCUUUAUAGCUUAAAAUAAAUUUGUAAACCAUUACAGGUAUGUCCUUGGAAUAGAUGUUGAUGAAGAUGCUUUAGAAACCUGCUACAAUAAUUUGUGUGAAUUUGAAAUGAACUCUGUGGAUCUAAUGGCCUCUGAUGUUCGAUGUUUGCUCGGACCUGAUCCAAAAUCAAGUCAACUAUUUAAGAAAUUUGAUACCGUGGUGAUGAAUCCCCCAUUUGGGACUAAGCACAAUGAAGGUAAGUUACAAUCAAAGCAAGGUGCAUUCUACUUACAAUUAUAUUUUUACCAGUUGAAUAAUUUUUUCCAAAAAAAGGUUUCUAAUAUGCAAAACACAAUUCUAUUCAAAACUGUAGAUAUGGUAGAUAUAUAUUUUACUUAUUAAUUCAAUUUCAUAUAUCAGUAAUCUAUUGUAUGUUGGUGAAUUCAUAUAAUCCCAUUUACCAUUUCUUUGAGAAAUCUACUUAUUACUCUUAUAAUUUUUUAAGCAUGAAAUAUUGUAUAUUUAUAUUUUUAAGGUUUUAUGCAUAUCUGAUGUACUUCACAGGUAUAGAUAUUGCCUUCCUUCAAGCUGCACUUAACCUGUCAAAUAAUGCUGUCUAUUCUCUUCAUAAAACAUCAACCAGAGAGGUAAUAUUAAUUAUAUGGGUGAAGUUUAAGUAUGCUUCACCCACCUUUAAAAAAUGUAUGGUAAAUAAUAUGCUAACUCUGAACGUGACAAUUAGAUGCACUAAUAAUAUCCUCUAAUGACUUUGAAUGUUUACUUCAGGAGAUACUAUGAUAAAUGCAGCAGUUGAAAUGAAAUUAUUAAAUUAAUUGAAUUGUCUGCAUUACUAUGUCAGCCUCUUAUAUUUAUAUUAAAUUUUAAUGUAAACAAAAAUCGAGAAGGGAACAGAAUUAAUUAGAAAAAAGCAAAACAGAAAUUUUAAUUCAACUUUUAUUUAUCAAAAAUAAAAAGGAAUUAUUUAAAAUGAAAAAUGUACAGCAAUUUAAGAAUAACAGCCUACUAAUUAUUCACUUUUAUUUCAAUUCCUCUUUAUGCAACCAUCCACACAGCAUAUUCUUAAGAAAGCCGCCAGUUGGGAAGUGGAUGUAAGUGUCCUUGCAGAACUACGCUAUGAUUUAGCCAAUACUUUCAAGUUUCACAAGAAAAAAUCUGUUGAUAUUGAAGUUGACUUUAUCAGAUUAUCCCAUAGAAAAGCUGGAAAAUGUUUGUGACAAUUGUCACUGUUGUCAAAUAUCUUUCUUUCGAAUGUUUGUUGCAUAAUUAAUAUAUAUUACUGCCUUACAACAAAAAUAAAUCUGAGCUUUACAGACAAAAAAUUUGAUGUGAUAAAUUUUUUUUGUUAAUUAUGUAUGUAAAUAAUCACUUAUUUGUUGAGUGGAAAUUCUUCGCCUUCUGGCAUACAUGAGUAUCAGAUGUGAGCAAAAUGUACAAGUAGUUAACAAUAUAUGCACUUCACAACCAAAUUAUAAUGUUCAUGAACAUGAGGACUACUUGGAAAGUCAAACAAAAAUGUAUUUAUUUAAAGCUUUUUACAAAAGUACAAAUCUAACCCAUUAUGAAACAGCUAAAUAAUUUCAGUUGGAUUUUAAAUGAUGGUGUUAAUUAAUGUGCAAGUGUUUAAAAAGUAAAAAC